GGGGGGGUUGGAAGAGAUGGCCAGGAGGGUGGCAGGAGUAGAGGGGACACUUCACCAUGGAAUAUGAAGUCAAGAAAGGGAAGAAGGGCUUUGUAUCCCCCAUCCGAAGGCUGGUGUUCCCCAAGGCCGGGCGCCGAGCAGCCUGUAGGAGCAGCGUGAGCCGCCGGCCCUUGCACUCGAUGCCCCUUUAUCCCCCCGACUACCUCAUCGACCCCCAGAUUCUGCUGUGUGACUACCUGGAGAAAGAGGUCAAGUUCCUGGGCCACCUUACUUGGGUGACUUCCUCACUGAACCCCUCCAGUCGGGACGAGCUCCUGCAGCUGCUAGACACCGCCAGGCAGCUGAAGGAGCUGCCGCUGAAGACCACGGCGGAGCAGGACAGCAUCCUGAGCCUGUCUGCCCGCUGCCUGCUGCUCACCUGGCGCGACAAUGAAGAGCUCAUCUUGCGCAUCCCUACGCACGAGAUCGCCGCCGCCUCCUACCUGCAGGACGACGCGCUGCACCUGCUAGUGCUCAAGACCGGUCUGGGCGUGGACCCGGUGCCUGCCGGCGUGGACGCCAGCCCCGGCGGCGCGGGACGCGACCCCGGCCCUCCAGGCGCGGCGCCCGAGAAGCGGCGGGUGGGCAGCGCGGAGCGGCGCCACACCAUCUGCAGCCUGGACUGGCGGAUGGGGUGGGGCGGGGGCGCCGCGGAGGCCCGGGCCGGGGGAGGCGGCGGCGGCAGCCUGGAGCGCCAGCGCGCAGGGGCGCGGGCGUCGGGCAGCUGGGAGCGGCGGCAGACUUUCAGCGGCAGCUGGGAGCGGCGGCACGGAGGCGGUGGCGGUGGCGGCGGCGGCGGCGCGGGCAAGCCGGGCGGCAGCUGGGAGCGGAGGCAGGCGGGCGGCGGAGGCGGCGGCAGCUGGGAGCGGCGACACCCGGGCCCCAACCCGCUGGACCCGCAGGACCCCAGCCCCGACGCCUACUGCAACCUGGUCAUCCUGGCUGUGGCCAACAGGGACGCUGCAGAGGAGUCCUGUGCACUCAUCUGUCAGGUCUUCCAGAUCAUCUACGGGGACCAGAGUAUUGAGUGCGUGGACCGGGCUGGCUACCACUACACAUCCACGCCCGAACGGCCAUGGCUUUGCAGCCGCAGUGAGAGCUGCCGCACAGAUGGGACGUACGCCUAUGAUGCUGACUUCAGCUGCUGCAGUUCCUUCAAUGGCUCCCAGGACACCUUUGAAGCAUGUUACAGUGGCACGUCCACACCUUCUUUCCAUGGCUCCCACUGCAGCGGCAGCGACCACAGUGGCCUGGGCUUCGAGCAGUUACAGGAUUACUUGGUCACGUUGCGGAGUAAGCUGGGGCCGCUGGAGAUCCAGCAGUUUGCGCUGCUGCUGCGGGAGUACCGGCUGGGGCUGCCCAUCCAGGACUAUUGCGCAGGCCUGCUGAAGCUCUACGGAGACCGGCGCAAGUUCCUCCUCCUCGGGAUGCGGCCCUUCAUCCCGGACCAGGACAUCGGCUACUUCGAGGGCUUCUUGGAGGGUGUGGGCAUCCGCGAGGGCGGCAUCCUCACUGACAGCUUCGGCCGCAUCAAGCGCAGCAUGAGCUCCACAUCGGCCUCCGCGGUGCGCAGCUACGACGGCGCGGCCCAGCGGCCCGAGGCACAGGCCUUCCACCGGCUGCUGGCCAACAUCACGCACGACAUCGAGGCGCUGGCCCCCGACGACGACGACGAGGAUGAGGAUGAGCCCAGGGGCGAGGACGCCGCUGCUGAAGACAACUACCUGUAGCCUCUGCCCCUGAGGAUGGUGUGGCCCCGCAGCCCAACUGAGUCUCAGCCUUACCUGGGGGACCCUAUCCCGGGGGUCCCUAUCCCCAGGGCCCUCUCAUCACACGUGGCGGGGGCGGGGGCAUCUUCACUUCAGGGUCUCGGUCCCUGCCCUCGGGGCCCGGCGCCCCGCAGUACCGAGAGUGUCCUGCAGGGGGCGAACGAAGCCGGGCCAUAAAGUCCGAGCAGUCACCCGGGGCUCCCGGGCUGCUCUGUCGGGCUGGGGCUGGGCAGCGAUCCUGGUUUGUCCCAGAAGCCCAGAGCGCUUGACCCCAGAACACACCCUUCUCCCCGGAACGCCGCAACUUUCUGGAAGCUGAGGAAGGCCCGAAGGGUGGGCUCCACCUGCUGGCAGACAGAGAAAAGAAUUUCCGGAACUCUGUCCUAUUUUUACAGAUUGGGAAAGUGCGGUUCAAAAAGAGAGAAAGAGGCUUGAGGGAAACUCCCAAUUCUCCUUAUAUGACCUCGAACUGAGCAUAUAAAGUAGCGUGGAAGGUCUUUUUCAGGCUGUAAAUGUCAGGGUCCCCCGUCCCCUGAUGCCUGACUUGUACAGUCAGUGUGGAGUAAAUGGUAUCCACUACCCAGGUUUGACUCAGUGGGGUGAUCUGGACCCCUUUCUGGCCUUAAGACCCUGAACAAGUUAUUUGUUCAGCUCUUGGAUUUGGAGCUAGGCCGACAUGGGGCCCCUUUCUGGUUCGUGUCUGAACCUCUGUGUCCCUCCAUCUGUCCAGUGAGCUCAGCCCCAUCUAACUAACCCUGUGGCCACGGGGAUUACUGAGAGCUAAGACCUUAGUGCUGGGUCUAGCACAUAAGUGCUCAAUAAAUGUUGUUCCUCUCUACAUCAAA